GUAGUUAUCACGCACUGUCUUCAAAUCUCACAAGCUUUGGUGCUGCUUUUGCCAAACACUCUGGAGCGAGACUGGUUUAGGGGCUUAAUUAGUUUCCCAAUCAACUACAUAGCAUUUAUGAUGUUGCACUUAUCAUGUUUACAAUAUUACUGAAGGCUAAAUUUAGUGUGGUCGACUAAGGGCCUCGCAUGGCCAAAACCAGCGGGUGGAAUGUCUGCUUCAAAGCUGCACUCAAAUAAUUGAUAAUAUCAUCUUUCAACGACAGAAACGGGGUGCUGGAGGAGCUGCGGCGGAGCUGUUGAACAUGCGUCGCCCGGACCUGUCGCUGGACGACGCGGAGGCUGAGUUCCUGCUGGACGUUCUGGCGACAUCUACAGGCGCACUGGGGCAAAGCGUAACCGUGGGACAGGGGCCGGCAGGUGCGGCCCCCGGCUCGGCCGCGUCCCCGUUGGCUGGGGUGCCGCAGCAGCAGGGCUUCGCGGCGGCGGGAGGUGUACACGCCGGGGCCGCAUCUCCCUCGCCCGCUUCAUUCAGCUUUGCGACGCCUGCAGCGCCGUCUGCAGCGACAAUACCUACACAGCUGCCAACGGCAGCCAACGGCUACACAGGCGCAAGCGGCAGUGCGGGCAAGCAGGCGUCACUCCAGGUAGCGCCCGCGCCCGCUACAGCUGGCACCCCAGCGGCGGGCCAUCGCGGCGGCAGUGCAUCGCACUCCGCGAUGUCGCCCACCCGCUCCAGCCUCGCCCGCAGUGGCGGUGGAGCGGCACCAGCCAGCUCUGGUGUCGACCCACCUGACAGCCACAUCGCCAGCAGGCCCGGCACGGCGGCAGCAGCGGCGGCGCGGACCCUGGAGCCCGCCAGCCCGGCCGCGCAGCCCCUGGCCCCGCCCUCCUUCCCAGGCGAGCCGUACGCAGUCGCGAUCCGCACCAGCCCCACCCGGUGCCGAUCCGCUACGGGCGGCUCCAGCAGCGCUGGCGCCAGCGCUGGCGCCAGCGCUGGCGCCGCCCCGUCAGGGCUCGCUGUCGGGCCCUGGUGCGCCUCCUCGGGCUCCUCCUACUCGCCCUCGCGGCCGCACUCAGCCAUGCCGCUCCUCGUCCCCACAUCCGGCACCCUGGCGCCGCAGCAUGCUGCGUCAGAGGAUCCAGAGGGAGCGGCCGGGCGGGGCCGCGGCGGCGCCGGCGGCGGUAGCUCGGACGUCCGGAGCCAGGAUGGUAGCAGCGCCGGCGGGGGCGGGGCGGGCGGCGCAGGAGGACUCAGCCGGCGGGCGCGGGAGGUGCUGGGGCAGAUACGGAGGCUGGAAUCACAGCUGCAGGAUCUUAUACUGCAGCAGCAACAGCAGCAACGAGAAGCUCAGGGGAACGGGUCUGGCAGCAGUGCCGAGCGAGUGGGCUCGGCAGCAGCGGGGCCUCCGCCCUCCGCCACGGCGGCGGUCACGGCGCGCAGCCCCGACCCUCACCUUGAGCCAGCGUCACCCCAGGAACCACAGGACUCCAAAUCCCGGCAGCACCAACAGCAGCAUCACCAGCACUUGCAGCCGCCACAGGACCCGCACGUGAAGCGGCUGUCGCCCGAGGCGGUGCGGCAGUGGGUGGGGCUGGUUGCUGAGCAGCUGUGCCGCAGCUACAACGCCGCGGCGGUGGCGCUGCUGGGGGCGGGCCGAGCCACCGAGGCGCGGCAGCAGCUCGACAAGGCGCUGCUACUGCUGGGCGAGCCGCCGGCAGCUGCAUCAGGGCUGGCGCCGGCUGGGGAGAAUGCGGGGAGGGGGAGGCGAGAGGCUGGAAAGGGGGUUGCGGAAGUGGAGCCAGGGCACGGCGGGCCUCUGGAAGGGCAGACAGCGAAGCGGCUGGAGCUGCAGGCCGUGGUCUACAACAACCUGGCCUGUCUGCACCGCAAGCUGCAGCAGAGCGACGCCGCGCUGGCCUACCUGCAGCGCGCCACGGAGCUGGAGGCAGCCGCAUUGGACCAGACCGCCCAGCGUGGGGCAGAGGCGAAAUCGCAUGAGCGGUCAGGCAGCCGUGCGGAGCCGAGGGUGGGCGUUGCGCCUGGAGGAGGUGCGGGCUCGCCGGAGCCUGGGGGGACUCAGCAGCUGCGCAGGCGCGCAGCGUCUGCGCCGGGAGAGGAGGACGUCGGGGCCGGGGCUGGGGCUGGCGGCCCCGGGACAGAGACGUUGCUGAACCUAGCGGCGUGCAGCAGCGCCGCGGGCAGGCACGAGGCGGCGCUGGCGUAUUCGGAACAGGCGGUGGCGGCGGCGGGUCGUGAGCUUGCGGUGUCACUUCCGGAAUUGGAGGCGGCGCUUGGGGAUGGGCUGCCCUUGACACGCCUGUGCGAGGUGCUGCCCGUGCUGCGCCGCCCCGGCGCCGCCGCCGCCGGGACGCGGCUCGCCAUGUCGUACUUCAACCGGGCGGUUGAGUGCGAGCACCUGCAGCGGUGGGCGGCGGCGGGCGCAUCGUACGGCCUUGCGGUUGGCGCGGCGGCACGGUUUGCGGGCCGCUGUGCCGAGGUGACCAUGACCAUGCAGCAGUCGGCAGAGGCUUUCAGGAGCCGGCUACGGCGACUGGAGCGGCAGGGCAAGCUGCUGCCCCGCGCAUCCAGUGCGCGGGCCGCGCCGCCGCGGCCGCCACCUCCACCAGCACCACAGCAGCCACCAGCUCCCGGCAGCAGUGCCUACUACCGCGCCCUGCUGCGGACCAUGCACGCCACCCCCCACUUCAGCGCCUCAGCUGCAUCCACCUCUGGCCUCUCCGGCGUCGCCGACCCCGGCCAGCACACCCACGCACCGUCCAGCAACAAAGAUGGUGCCGCCGCCGUGCAUUCGAAUGGAGCUACAGUGGCUGGCGCAAACGGCGGCGCAGCUGCGAGCCGCCGGCUGGCGGGCGCCCUGCCGGCUAUCGGCGGCGGCCGAGGCCGCCCGGUGUCAGCGCCCCUGGCUGCGAUGCCGCCCAUAUCGUCAGGAGCUUGCAACGCAGGGGUAGCCGCUCCCGUCCCUGCCAGCAGUCCCAACAAGAAAGCAGCAACCCUAGCCGCACACCAGAAUAAGGAAAGGCUGCAGCCCUCCACCCGCGGUUCUGCAGCCACAACAGCAGCUGGGUCCGGCUCAGCGCCAGCGCCAGUAUCGGGGUCAGGUUCGGCGUCUGGGUCGGGGUCGGGGCGCUUCGCGCACCUACCGCCGUCAGCAGCAGCACCGACAGCGCCCGGGUUGGCACGAGGCUCUUCUGCAGGGGCACGGCCCGCGGUAGCGUCUCCUGGCGCCAGGCACUCCCCCGCGGCGCGCUCCUCCCCUUCCAGAUCAAGGCCACCUCUGCCGCCCAGCGCCACAGCAGGCAAAGCUGCUCCGGGGGCAGCCGCAGAUAAGGCGGCUGUGGCCCCGGCGGCUGCGACGAAUGCGCGGGCAGAGUCGGCUCAGGACCUGGAGGAAGCGAAGGCUGUUGAAGGCGAGGCGGAGGAUGAGUACGCAUCGAGCUUUGACGAAGACGCUGGGGACACCGACGGCGAGGAGGGCGGGCAGGGCGCGGAGGCAGACGAAGGCGCUGCGGCACAUGUAGCAGAAGCAAACCCGCACCCGGGUGCUGUUACUGUUAAUGAUGAUGCUCGAGACCACGACAUCGACGGUGAAGCCGGGCCAAGCAGGAGCGACACUGGCAGUGGGAGGGGCUCCGUAGCAGGAGGCGAUGGGCGUGGGGACCGCGGCGACGCAGCGGCGGCCGCGGGCGCCAACGGGGUAUCAGUUGACAUGGAUGCGUUGGGGCUGGCAGAGGCGGCGGUUAGGGCGGCGGAGGCGCAGGCGCAGGCGCAGGCGGAGGCACUGGCAUGCGCUCUCGAGGGCGCCGAGGAUGGGGCACCAGGGUCCGCGGCGGCAGCGUCCGGCGGCUGGGCUGCGCUGGGUGGAGUUGGGCCGGGCGGGGUGACUUCGGUGGACGUAGGAUCGGAGUUGGAUGCGACCGCUGGGGCGCUGAAGCGCGGGAGCCAGGGCUCACUGAGGCCAAGCAUUGCUGGUCAGGACAGUGGAAUGCUAGCUCCAAAGCGGGACGGCGUUGCGGUGUGAGUUUUGAUUACAUGGGGCGGGGGCGGACGCGCGCUUUGUGCGGCCAGCGGUGGAGUGGCUACUAGUGGGCAGGGCCGUUUCUAAACGCUGGUGCAACAUAAAUGAAGCAUUGUUACCGACGCUGCAUUACACACCAGUGGCCGUUCUGGAGCUGAGGUUGCUAUUGCUGCUCUCUCCAAGGCUCGUGACGUGUCUGGAACUUGUCUACCCGAUCGCACGCGUGUCAGACUGCACAUGUGAAGAAGCCCACCAUACCGUACUUUAUGUCUUUUCACAACUGCAUCAAUAUGCAUAUGUAAAGAAUGAUGUAU